AUGAUAUGGGAAACAACAACUUUUUCUGGGUUUCUUCUCACGGGGUUUUUGGUCAACCGUGAGCUAGAAAACUUAUAUGCGUCUCUGUUCUUAGUCCUGUACUUGUUGGCUUUAACUGGUAACAUCCUCAUCAUCACCACCACUUCCAUGGAUGAAAGUCUCAACACCCCCAGGUACUUCUUCCUAAAGCAUCUCUCUUUCUUGGAUCUCUGCUAUAUUUCUGGGACUGUACCAAGAUUUAUCAUUAACUCCUUCUUGCAUAGUGGAAACAUUUCCUUCCUGGAAUGUGUUUUGCAGUGCUUUGUUUUCACUCUUUGUGUUUCUGCCGAGAUGGCCAUGCUCACAGUGAUGUCCUAUGAUCGCUAUGUCGCCAUCUGCCUUCCACUGCACUAUGACAUCAUCAUGGAUGUCAGAACCUGUGUCCAUGGAGUCAUUGCAGUCUGGGUCAGUGGGGCCAUCUCUGGAGUCAUGCACACAGUGGCUACUUUUUCUAUUCGCUUCUGAGGCCCAAGGAUCAUCCACCAGUUUUUCUGUGACAUCCCCCAGAUCUUGAAACUCUCCUGCUCCAAUGACUAUCUUGCUGAAGUUGGAGUCAUUAUCUUUGUAGCUAUGUUGUCAUUUCUUUGUUUCAUAUAUGUUGGAUUCUCCUACAUGCAUAUAUUUUCCUCUGUGCUGAGGAUGCUGUCAGCAGAAGGCAGAGCCAAGGCCUUUUCCACUUGCCUCCCUCAUCUCACUGUUGUCAUCUUAUUUAUUUCUACAGCUUUUUUUGAGUACUUAAAGCCUCAUUCUGACUCUCCAACUAUGUCAGACAUUUUAAUCACUAUUAUGUAUACAGUCGUUCCCCCAACAUUUAAUCCAAUGAUUUAUAGCUUAAGAAAUAAAGCCAUCAAGUUAGCUGUUAUAAGGGUUUUUAAGAGAAAUAAAGGACCGAGGUCUUAA